UCACGAGAGGGUUCGAAAGUUCUGCCUCACAAUAUCUCCCAUUUAGAAGUUCAUUUUCAUUGUGUCAAAUAAUCAAGAAUGGGAUUAACUGGUAAGUUGAUUGCGCAGUUAGAGUUUGAGGCUGGUGGAGAUGCGUUUCAUGAAUUUUUCAGGCAUAAGCCUCACCAGUUAUCCGAUGCCUGUGUUGGAAAGGUACAUUCUUGUGACUUGGUUGAAGGAGAAUUCGGAAAAGUCGGCUGCGUUGUCAUUUUCAGAUACGCUCAUGAUGACGGGAAAGAGCAGAGUGCAAAAAUGGUGCUUGAUGCUAUUGAUGAGGAGAAACAGGCAUUGGUUGUAAAGGUUCUUGAAGGAGAUGUGAUGGAAUUCUACAAGACAUUCACCAUAACUGCUCAAGUUGAGACGAAAGAUGACAUUGACCAUGUUACAUGGACUUUGGAGUAUGAGAUGUUACAUGAAGAUGUUCCGCAUCCAAUUUCAUGGUUGGCAUACUACAUUGAUAUCACUGUAGAUGUUGAGACUCAUCAUCUCAAGAAGUAUUGAGCUCUCUAUUUCACGAGUGCAUUGAAUUAUAUUAAAUAAAGUAAGUGUGCGUGUGUUGUUAUUACUGUUUUAAUAUGAAUUUGUCAUCGUUAGGUGAAGUUUGUUCUAGUGUUUGUUCUAGUAUCCGUGCAAGAGGAUGAAUGAAGAUGCUGCUUUCUUGUCUUUUUA